UCGUAUGUUUUGUUGUAUGUUGGUUCGCAGAGCAAGUUAUGUCAUUAUGACUAAGCACCACGCCUUUUGCGUUUUUAAAGAUUCUCCGAAACAUGCUCCAAAGUCGCAGCAACAAAGUACCAACGCCGUGAUUGCGGCCUUUCUAUUGCGAUAAGACACCCCCCAUACAUGGAUGGAAUCCCGACAACCGACAAACCCAUACCUUCUCCAAUAUGGUUCUGAACGAAGUAUCGUCCCAGGCGGAUGGCUAUGGUAAUGCUGCCAUGGACUCCGACGAUAGCUACUCGUUCUCGCAAAACUCACUAUCACCUCUCAGAAAAUUUGCCGCUCGAAUUGAGAUUCCGCCCUAUGGAUUAGGGAAACAAUUAUUAUUCCUGCGGUCAAAAGAGGCAUAUGAGGAAUAUAUGGCUACUCGUAUCAAGCAGCAUAUUGAAAUCGGAAUGGCUUUUGUGGACCGGCCUCUUACUCAACUGGAAACCGACUCUUUCGUUGACCAGGCCGUAGGCUUAACGACAAAACCUCGAAUCGGUGCUUACCUUGGCUCCUUCUUGGGGUUCGUGCUAGUCGCCAAACCUUUCUUCAAGAACGGUCGUCUAAUACCUAUUGCGCAAAUGAAGAGUAUGGUAGAUAGACAGCUAAUCAUUAAAACCCUGCUUUGGCCGUUCUGCGCCGUUGCGGGAAAUACUUUCGGAAAAGCAAGCGGCGCUUCUCUGGCUGUACGAGACCUAACAUCCGAUCCCAGAUUAACCCAGUAUCGGCAAGACCGUGCAAAUCAGGAUCCUCAGAAGGUUCAAAAGAGCUUAGAAAAACUUGGAUGGAAGACUCGCCAUACUCAGCCGCGUCCCCAUCGCCACCCUUCCGCGCAACAAAAUAUACCAGAGCAUGAACAUGCCAGCCCAUCCGCUGGAUUCGAGUCAACCGGCGAUGGUGACUCGAUGUACUCUUCUACCCAGUACGGAUCCUCAAAUGAAAGUUACGGAAUUCAAUCACAAGCGGAUUCGCAGAUUUUGGGACAAUCGAGUUCACAGCAACGGAAUCCGCAACAGCAGCAGCAACAACAACAACAACAACAAGGCAGUUGGGAUAUGUAUCGACAGGGCCGUCAGUCAGUCAAUAAAAGCGAUAAUGAAGACAUAUUUGAUCUCCGCUCCGAUACCACAGCACCAGCAGCCAGCUCAACGGCCACUAGAUCACAGCCUUCGGGAAGUGCCUGGGACAGGCUACGCGGGUCAUCGUCCACUUCCACCCCCGCAUCUACCAACAGGGGAGGCUCAACAUUUGAUUCCCCAACAUCGAACACCGAGAGCGCAUCGUCCGAGUCAUUACCAACGCCCUCCGGCAGCUCGUGGGACCGAAUACGCAACGCAUCCGCGUUCCCCUCAUCCGCCCCUUUCCAACCGCCACCUGAGCAAUGGUCUCAGAGUCAACAAGAUAACUAUUCUGAGUCUACACAACACUCCAAGGACAAGGCGCAACGCGAGUUUGACCGUUUGCUUGAGAAGGAGAGGCAGAACAGCGGUGACAGCGACGGUUAUACCAAACAAAUGGGGGAGUGGGGUAGGGGUUCAUAGCGAAGGUGAUUUUGUACUUGUAAAUAUUAUUUGCUGAUAUUUCAUUUUUAUUUCUGAGGUCUCGCCGGCUAUUCUCCUCUCUUUUUAUUCGACUUUCCUUUCAGAGGAUUUCAAGCGAAUGGAGCAUUAGGAUAACACUAGCCUCUUCAUCGAUUGCAUGUUCCCAGCCGUUUCCAUAUGGGGGGGGGGGAAUAUAACCCCUGAAUUUGGGCUCACUCACGGGUAUGCGAAUGUACACAUUUCUUAUACCUGUGUGCAUUGCUUGUAUCUACAUACCACAACUUCUAUAUUAUAUUACCCACUUGAAUGAAAGCCAAACUACAAGGUCAAAAAGUUUCAUGUAGCAUGCUUUCCGUAAGUAGAACCAUC